AUGGUGAGGAACAGUAGCACAAUCACCACCACUAUGUAUAUGAGCACCAGGUGUUGGAUCAACGGAAAGGCUACAAACGAGACGAUAAAUAUUCCCAACACUACUACUGAACCCAAUGAUAAGAUUACCCAUAUUACUUUCAAAUGUCAUUUGGGCGGCAAAUGUGUCAUAACUCCUAUAACGAGAAAGUUUUGCCAAAAGUGUCGACUCGACAAAUGCGAUGACAUUGGCAUGAAUCGGGUAAUCAAACAGUUCACAAAUGUGCAUGUAUAA